AUGCAUUCUUUUGUCCAAUUAUCCGUACAGCGUUGGCAGACAAUCGCCGAUUACAUCAAUGCACGCGAUGGCAACGUUACCGGUGACGAUGUGAUGAAUAAAACCAAGGCAGAGAAAGUGGGCGGGAAGAAGAAUGUGGAUGCCUUCGAAGCUUUCGAGAAGAAGGGCCACAAACCCAUUGAGGAACUCCACUCAAUGGGCGGUAUUUCCCAGCGUUAUGACGACGACGACGAAAAAACGGAUGAAUGGACUACUGAGCAGCAGAAAGCGCUGGAAGCAGGUAUCAGCACAUACAAGGAACUCAGCAAAGAGGAGGGCAAGUGGGACCGUAUAGCUGACAUGGUCGAGGGGAAGGAUGCGAAGCAUUGUGUGGCACGCAUUAAGGCGAUCAAGAAGGCAAUGAAGGCGAAGAUGUAAGAUCUUCGAG